GCAUGAUCAGUGGGCACGAGCGCACCGGAUGUGCCUAGCAUAGACUCAUGGAUCAAUCAUAAGACUGUAUAUUUACUUCUUUUUCUUCAGUUUGUGGUACUUAUCAGCAAAAGGCUCAUCUAGAAACAUGCGCCGUUGAGUUCGGCCCAGUCACUUAAAUGAGCAUGUUUAAGUAUCUGGGCUUGGUGUGCACUCUAUACUUGCUGUAUGCCAAGAUCUACUGCUCCUACUGUUUAUUAAAGUCAAAAACGCUUCACAGUAACAGACAACCGAGUUUUGCGUACCUUUUGCUCCGAUAUUUAGCUCGAUGUUUGAGUAGGACAGUUGUCUCAUGUACAGGUGAAACAGCAGUGCAGUAUACUGUGCACAGCUGCAGGCUAGACACUCCCUUGUUGAGGAGGUUCUGCUCUGUGGCUGGCUAUGGCUGGGACUAUCCUGACAGUGAAUACAGAGACAUACCCCUAUGCUUCCCUGAGACUAUGUUCUUCAAACUGCUGCUGAUGCUCCUGUCUGACAAAAACUUCAAACUCAACCCUGCAGGUCUUGUUCGAGUACGGCAGUCUAUACGAACUCUUCAGCCCAUCGAUGAGUUAAAGAAAGGACCAUUUGGGGUGCGGGCCUCAGUUUUGGUCUACAGAGGUCUGAGUGGAGGGGUUGAGGUGGACAUCGGUCUUUCCGCUAUGUCCCGAAACCAGUCCCUCGUCUGGGAGAGCGUCCUGACUUUACUGUCCAAGAACAAGACACAUGGAGGCACUACAACUGUAUCUCAAAGUAAAAGUGAGGACGUACAGUUGAAUCCAAAGCAAGUUACACUCACAUUGCCUAAAUUUCCCAUGAUGCCUUGCUCCUCUGACUUCUCUCCAUGGCGGGUUGUCUCUGCUUUUUGUGGAUUAAACACGCUGAUAACGCCACGACUUUGGAUGCUGUCGGUCAGUUUGGCUGAAAUUGAGAAGCAUCGAGGGGUUAAAGCUAUCUCCGCUCCGGCCAGUGUCACUGCACAGUUCACAGAAGAUACUCGUAAAGUCCAAGGCAAAGUCCAAGUCUGGUUUUGGGACGCUUGCGAAACUGGAAGUCAAGUCUCUCAAAACGUCUGCUUUAAUGUCAUAAACCAUGGAAGCAAUCACUCUCUCGUGGAAGGACGCAUUUUAACGAGUGCACUUAAUUGAAAUGUAUUACUUAUUUGCUAAACCUUUAUUUUGUUAUAUCCAUAAAGGCAAUUUUUUUUCUUGAUGUCGCAACUUUUUAUGGGCCCAAAGUGGAUUUUGCAGAUGUAAAUAUUGAUGAAUUUUGUAUGUGCAAUUGUAGCCUAGAUGUCAAAGAAUUGUACUAGUAGUAAUAAUGAUUUUUAAGAGACUCAGUUCACUGUCAGACAUACCAUGAUUACACAUUCAGGACAUUAAUGUGGCUGUUGUGCCUUGCCAAAUAAUGUGAACAGGAAUUGAACCAUCAACCAUCCACUUUAGUCUGGCUGUGCUACCACAUCAUAAGAUCUUCUAAAAUGUAUAAAAAUACAAUUGCUGCUCAUAUUUACUAUAAUUUUUAUAUUAAGAAAAGGAAAUGUGCAUCUUCAGAUCACAUUAAUCAAAGUAUUCCUUAAAGCAAAUUAAAACAAUCACACAGUUAAAAAAAACCAAAAAACAUAAAGUCCCUGUGUUUAUCAAAGCCUAAUCAAAUCUAUCUACACAACUGGAACGUGGGUAUAAGGAAAUAACAUUACUAACAUUUGUAGCAACAACAAACAAAUACAGCAUCAUAGGAAUUGGGGCCUAUAUUACGAUUUCUGCUCUUUUUUUUUUUUUUUAGAUUUCUGUAAUUUGUUGCUACUGAAAGAUCAGUAUCCUGCAUAUAUUUUUAAAGAAGAUUACUGUGGUUAAGCUAACUUAAAUCUGAUUAUUGGCUUACUAUACUUCUCAUAAUGCUUGUUUAAAUAGAUUUUUAAGAACACAAAGAAUGAAAGACUUGAUAAGACAACUCCUAAAUGCUCCUAAACUAUUAAAAACGUACACAAUUGAUUUAAGGAGUGCAAUGUCAUCUUAAAGGCUUAUUUCAGUGACAUCACUCAAAGUCAAUGAGGCAGUUUACUAUAUAUUCACUGUUCACACUUAUAUUUUACUCCUGUCAAAAUAAACUAAAGCCAAAUGCUUGUUCACCCAAUCACUCAAAUGGCUCACGCGUCACCCUGUUUUAGAAUCAAGUGGUUCAACCUCCUCCUUUUCUGCUGAGUCUGCAAAAAGAAAAAAGUUUACAAUUAUUAUUGUAUUGGAAAGCAAAUAUAUAUAUAUAUAUAUUUUUUAGGCCAUAAUAUAAUCAUAAGAACUAAAAAAUAAUGAAGGAGAACUGUGGAAGCUAAAUUAAGCUAAUUCACGUGAAUUAAUUUUCUAAAAUGGUAAACUCACAUGUAAUGUUUGUCUGUUUAUGUCACAUUAACUUUAUCAUUCAGAAUGUUUGACUUCAUAAAGCUGGUCAGAUACUAAAGGUGUGGUUAUGUAUUAGAAGAUAGUGCCAAUAAAGAAAAUUUACCUGUGUUAACCUUGCACAGCAAGAUGG